UGGGCCUGGUGGAGCUCCUUGAGGACAGAGCCCUGCCUUAUUUAUCUUCCGUCCAUCGGGACUCAGUGCAAGAAGGUGGAGGGAGAGAGAAAAGGAGGGAGUGGAAGGAAGAAAGAAAGGCAGGAAAGAAAACAGGAAAGAAGAAAUGAACAAGUCAAGCAAGGCUAUCAGGGGGAAAUUCAUUGAUUCAUGCAUCCAUCCAUUCAUUCAUUCAACAAAUAGCGGUUGAAUUCCUAUCAGGCCCCAUUCUAGGUAUUAAGGAUACAAUUAGCAAGCUCAAGUGACUGGCAACUGACUCACCAUUCCCAGAGCUGGCUGCAAAGGCGUGCCCCACUCAGACUGGACCAAGGACCACCAGCACCUACACGACCACUCAGCUCUCAGCUUCCCGACAGAGGUGUUAAUCUUGAGUGCCUGACAUUCCCUCCUGCACACUGUGGUCCCGCCACUCAGGAUGAUCCCUAAGGAGCAGAAGGGCCCUGUGAUGGCUGCCAUGGGGGACCUCGCUGGACCAGCCCCUCUGCUGGACCUGGGCAAGAAGCUGAGCGUGCCCCAGGACUUGAUGAUGGAAGAGCUCUCACUAUGCAACAACAAAGGAUCCCUCCUCUUCCAGAAGAGACAGCGCCGGGUACAGAGAUUCACCUUUGAGUUUGCAGCCAGCCCAAGGAUGAUCGUGGACGGAAGUGCCAAGGGGAAGAUGAUGGGGUCGAAGGUGACAGGAUCAGCGGAGCUGGGGACGGUUGCCAACGGCCCUGAGGGGCAGAACUGCCGCUCUGAGCUCCACAUCUUCCCAGCCUCAUCCCAGGGCCCCGAGGAUACCCAGUCCGCAGCUUUUCCCACGGAGCGCGCCUGCAGUCCCAGCGCCCUGGCACCAGGCUAUGCUGAGCCACUGAAGGGUGUCCCGCCAGAGAAGUUCAACCACACGGCCAUCCCCAAGGGCUACCGCUGUCCUUGGCAGGAGUUCAUCAGCUACAGGGACUACCAGAGCGAUGGCAGAAGUCACACCCCCAGCCUUGCCCAGUAUCGAAAUUUCAACAAGACCCCGGUGCCCUUUGGAGGACCCCUGGUGGGGGAGACUAUUCCCAGAGCAGGCACCCCCUUUGCCCCGGAGCUCAUCAGUGGCUUGGAACUCCUUCGCCUCAGACCCAGCUUCAACAGAGUGGCCCAGGGCUGGGUCCGCAGCCUCCCUGAGUCCGAGGAGCUGUAGCCCCAGCCCAAAAAUUCAAUGCCCCUGUCUUGGUGUUUGGGUAACAUCUUGGAGUCAAGACUUCUGGAUGGCACUUCCCAGUUUAUGAAGGGGCUCUUCACACACAAAACCUUAUUACAAAUGGCCUCCGCGGCCACGAAGUUUAGUAGUCCCCAGAUGGGGUGUGUUUCAGAAUUUCCUGGAGAUGAUGGUUUGCGUACAGAUUUCUGGCCUGCCCUAGACUUGCAGCAUUCAAAUCUCCUGAGCUGGGGAGUUUCUAUUAGUAACCACACUCCCAGAUGAUUCCAGUGAAACUUGUUCAUGGUCUGUGUCUUUCGGCAUCCGAGCCACCAGUGAAUUCACAUCCACGCCUCCCCUCCUUCCUGCCAUGGACACCAGCUUAUACUCCCCCGACAGGCAGCUUGCUAGUGGCUGGUUAACCUAUGCAGAACUCUGAUAAUCAGAAAGAUUCCCUUGCAUUGAGAUGCAGGUCUAAACAUUUGCUAAGUACCUACUGUGUGCUGGACACCCUGCCAGCCCGGGGGAGUGUGUGGUGAGUACGCCUGGGCCUGACCUAGAGGAGAGAGGGCAGUCAGGAAGGCAGAUUCGUAAGCAGUAGUUAGUGUUCGUUUCCCUGACAGCACGCUGCCAACAGAGGAAGAAAGUGCCAUGGUCGGGGGGAUGUGCCCCCUGGGGAUGGGAUAGGAUUCCUGGAACCUUCUCAGAGACUUUGAGUAGGACCCCAGAGGAGUGAGAGCCACUGAGGGCAAAGGGGGUCACGGGGAGGGCAUUCGUGCCCAGUGGACUAGCAUGUGCAAAGUGUGGAAUUGCGCCCAGGAGGAGGAGGUUAUGUUCUGGAGAAAGGAGGGGCUGUGUUAGAGGGUCAGUGAGGGCCAGCUUUGGGGUUUCUUUACUAAGGAGAUGGGGGCAGGUUUUAAGCUGGGGAGUGAUGGGUCUUGCUAUGUGGCAAGAUUGGGCAGGACUAAGACCAGAGGCCAGGAAGUCUGCAGGAAACAAGGUCUAGAUUUGGGUGAUGGCCGUGGGGAUGGAAAGAAGGGGCACCCCUCAUCCCUCUGGGCACCUUAUCGGUCAGCUGCAAUGUGGGGUACAUGUAAGGCCCCCUUAUUUCUUUUCCUCUUCCACUCACCAUCUUGUGCAAGCCUCAGGGUAAAUCUCAUCCUGGUCUCUGCCGGGGCUAGUUCAGGACUAGAUCCGGUUACUAGGAAAGGAGAGAAAGGAAUGCCUCUUAGUUCAGCUGAUGAGGAAGAGGACAAUAACAAUGCUGGCAGUGGUGGCUGCUUUUUAUUGGGUGCCUCAGUGCUUGGGCUGGUAGUAGGGUCCCACAUAUCCUAUUUCUUAUUUUCAGUUCAACCCUGAGGGAAAGUUAUUGUCCCAUUUUACAGGACGUGCAUAUCUGGGCUCAAAAGAAGUGGCUUGUUCAGGGCCAGAGACAACAUGGGAAUGUCUAGUUCCAGUGGCUCUCCCUUUUCACCACAAUGGGUGGCCAGGCCAAUGUCCAUACACUCUGGAACCAUCUAAGCAAAGUGUUUUGCCUCGGGGCUUUGAAGUGAAAGUGCAGGUUGGGAAGUUAGGCUGGAUGGGGUGGGCUCUAACUUCUACUGCUAGCCAUGUGAGCUUGAGCAAGUCAUUUCUCAUUGGGAGGCGUCCAUCCCUCUACCUGUAAGAUGAGGACAAGGCCAGAAGCCUCUGGAUAGGGCAGUGGUGAGCACAAUGAUGGACGCAUACCUAAGAAGCCAUCAGUCGUUAUUAGGUUUCAUGCAGCUCCUGCUCUUGCCUGGGAAAGAUGUUCCUGUUCUUAAAAGCUGGCUGCAAGAUGUCAGUGGGGUCAGCAAAGCUUAAGCCAGAAGGAAAGCCUCUGAUUACUGUUGGGCUCCCUGUGGACGUGGACGUGGAAUUACCUCCCUCUGCUUUCUCCCUGGCUCCCUCUCUUGGGGAGAUGAGGUGGUGAGAAAUUCAGCUAGUUCUAGAAUGCCUGGGGUAGUGGUUACAUUUUCCUUUGGUUCUGGACUUUCACUGCACCCCACACCAUCUCCAGGGCCCAGCAGCCUAUUAGACUUGCCUGCCAUUGAUGUGUUGUCUUGAAUUGGGGGCGGGGGUACUGUUGAAAGCCAAAUCCGCAUGAGCUGAAAACCAACUGUGAAAGGGUCUGACCCAUAGAAGAGAGGAUCUGGACCCCCUUGGACUGGCUAUGCUGUGUUCUGGACGGUGAUGGCCACCACCAGCUACAGGAUAGGAGAGCCUGCUGCACCUGAAAGCAAAUCCACAUUAUUUCUUCUGAUAAUGUGACUUUUGCUGAAGUUGCUUAAAGGAAAAAAAAAAAAAAAAAGGGAAUGCUUAUUAUCUAAAUAAACAAAUAAGUAAAACGUGGAAGGAUUGGACCACAUAGCUUCUCCUGUGUUCAUAGACUUUCCCAGCCUUCUGCAUUCAACCUGGUCUCCAUAUACUGGAGGUAACCAAGGGUGAUAGUUUGGAGCUUCUAGACUUCUAAGAAGCCUCGAUUAAAUAUGUAGUGCGUAAAGGUGCAGAGGUGCAAAACUACUUCUUUGUUUAAUGAGAUCAUACCUUUUGUACCAUUCUGUAUUUCGCAUCUUUAUUCAACAACAAGUGAAACAUGGGUCCUGAAAAAGCAGAGCAUUAACCUUUCAUGUAAUUUGUGGGCCUAGCGAGCCCUUCAUAUAAAAUCCUGUUCUUUGCCUGUUCAUAUAAAAUUCUAUGCUUUUGCCUAAUCUGUUCCUUACCUAAAUGAAGUUGUAUGGUGAUACGGAAGUGUAAAGGACUGAACCAGUAAGGAUGUUGAGAAAGCGGACACGCACUACGGCAGCGACGAGUGGAGGGGAGCUGGGUUUCGUGUAACAGCGCAGGCGCAGCGCAGGCACAAAUUGGCAUACACGGGAAGGUGGAUACAAACACGUAUGUGUGUGUUGCAGGGAAGUGUUCACAUAAAAGUCAGGAUGGGGUUAACUUUGGGAGGAAAGAAAGGGGGGUGAUUGUGAAGGGAUAAAGUGUUCCUGGGGAAAGCUGGACAAUUUCUGUUGCUGGAUUCGGGUGAUAGUUACAUGGGUGUUCACUCUAGAGUAUUAAAUUUAGUUGUGCAUCUGUAUUUUAUGCGCUUAUUCUAUACAGGUGUUAUAUUUUACCAAAACAAUCCCACCUUUUAAAAAGUGAAUGGACAAAUCAGUAAUAGAUCAGAUGUAUCUGAUAAAAGAAUUAGUGAACUAGAAGUGCCUACAAUGUUUCACGGAGAGGUGAGGAAACUAAGAGUAUGAGAGAGAAAUCAAAAGACGUGGAGAAUAAAAUGAAAGCGUCUGACAGUACUGACAGGAAUUCCAGAAGAUGCUUUAGGAUGACUGCGUUUUCUCCAGAUUUGGUAAAAGGCACAAAUUCACACCAUCCCCACCUUGUCAUGAAAAGGGAUAUUAAAUCCACACUUAAGAACCACUUUUUUGAGGAACGCCUGGAUGACUCAGUUCAUUGAGCAGAUGCGCCUCGGCCUUCAGCUCGGGUUCUGAUCUCAGGGGCCUGGGAUCA